CUUUGUUUGCGUACGUCAAUUUGUAGAAGCAAUCUCGCUUUUCUCUCUUAUUCUGUACAUCAUCCUUCAAGCUCGGAGCUCUCUCUCUAUUCUCCGCCGGCGAUCUCCUCCGCUUAACCUCCGGAUCAAAUGGGGAAAAUCAAGAAAGUGAAACACAGUGCUCACAUUGCCACUCCAUAUCCAUCACCAUGCUGCAAGAAAGAAUGGGCUGGCUCAACUUGCCCAGUAUGUUUGGAGUCUCCACACAAUGCGGUUCUGCUCUUGUGUUCGUCCUAUCACAAAGGCUGUCGUCCCUACAUGUGUGCAACAAGCAGCCGUUUUGCCAACUGCCUUGAGCAAUACAGGAAAUCAUACAGUAACGAAACCGCAGGACAACCCGAGCUUUUGUGUCCACUGUGUAGAGGUCAAGUGAAAGGUUGGACUGUGGUGAAAGAUGCUCGGAUGCAUUUCAACUCUAAGAGGAGGACUUGUAUGCAGGAUAACUGUUCCUUUGUAGGAAACUUCCGGAAGCUCAAGAAACAUAUGAAGGAAAAACACCCACAUGCUUGCCCGAGAGCCAUUGAUCCAGCUCUAGAAACCAAAUGGAAGAGGCUUGAGAGGGAAAGAGACAGAAGAGACGUGAUAAGCACAAUCAUGUCAUCGACUCCAGGUGCUGUUGUGUUAGGAGAUUAUGUGAUAGAGCCGCAUAACCGAGCUGUUUACGAUGAAGAAGACGAAGAAGAAGACUACAGCUCAGAUGAUUCUCUGAGCAACGGGAUACUGGAUCUAGAUUCAUGGCAAGGACAAGGCCAUCACAUCCGCUUUCUCGAUCUGGAAUCAAGCGACUUUGCAUCCUCUUCCAGCUCCCCUGCUUCUCCUAGCCGUUCGCUUCGCCGUUUGCUCUUUCCAAGGAACCAGAGAGGCGGCAAUAGAGGAGCAGUAUAAAAAGGCUUUACAUGACUAGCCAAUUAGCCAUACACAGGGAAUUGAAAAAAAAAAAAAAAACUCGCAGUCGUCCCUUUCUUUUAUUUAUUUUUCAUGUAAAUUAUGUAUUCUGUGUAAUUGUAUCAUUGUUUCUGCAUUGUUGUACUCUCCACUGAGGCAUGGUCUCUCUUAUGCCUCUUUUCAAAUUUCUCUUUUAUUUCCCUUUGUA